GUCUAUACCAAUCUCAAAACCAAACCAUGAUGGCCCAAUCUUCUGCCCUUGAAAGCGACAAAAUCAAGCUGUUCAGUCUGGACAGUGUCGAUUUUAACCCUGGUAUGUGGUUCGCGACUUUUGCGGUCACUCGGCAUUUGCGAUACAAGACAUUGAUCAAUGCAUAUGGCAUGAACAACUACGAUCACAGCGGGACUCCGGGUAUAUUCACUCUACAUACGCGGGUUGUCUCUUUGGGCGCGCAAAUUUCGAUGGAUUUCCAGCAAAUGGGCCAAAGCUGUGAUGAUACGAUCAAACUCGCCGAUUCCGCCGCGCAGAUAUACAAUGAUAUCUUCGACAAAAUUUCCACCUACAAGAAAAACAAAGAGACAGAUCAUGCCAGAUUUUACAAAGAGAAUGCAGAAAACGCGAUCAAGGCACAGCAGCAUAGUAUUCAGCAGGCCUCUUAUCUUUUCCAGACCACAUCUGAAAGCCUGGACAACGCCAUCGCAGACAUCCCAGGGCUGAAGCCCUUGGCUGAUAGCUGGUGCACCUGGUACCAAGCUGAAGCAAGGAAGGAUAUCCACAACGGGGGCGUGAACAGGCUCUUGGGAGACACUAUCACACUGAGGAAAUCAUUGGGAACCGCUGAGCCUAGCUUGCAAUCGAUGAAAGGGUAUGCGAUUGCGGUCAUGCAGGAUUUCCAAGUCACUCACGACUGGGUCAAGGUCGAUCAUCUUGACAAGUCAGACGUAUACUUGGCACAGCUCCACAAGAGUGUUCUCGUGCGGUGGGACGGCCGCAAACAGGACGCCCAGAAUUUCAAGGACACCGUCUUUGCGUACUGGAACCCGCGGGUCCAAGAGGCCCUCAAUGGCUCGCACGAUGAACGAACCGCGAAUGACAAUCCAGGGCCGAAAUAGAUAGGUUUUAGUUUCGUACGUUGAUCUGCGGUUGCUGUGUAUAGUUCUGCAUAAAUGCACUCCAUUGUAAAACCAACUCUGCCA